CAAGAUGCUAUGGUAUCCCACGGUCGCUUUCGGGAUGAUCUCGGGAAAAGUGGAUUCCCUUUCGGACAGUGAGCUUUCCCGAAGGAAGCGUGAUCCAUCACCACCACCACUAGCAGCACCACCACCACCAGCCUAUUCCAGCCGACUCGCCAUGUCCUCACCAUCACCUCGAUGGAAAGUUGUAGUUGGAUGUGAUUCAGCAGGUCAAACGUACAAAGAUGCCCUGAAAGCGGACCUUGAAAAAGACUCUAGGGUCAUUUCGGUUCAAGAUGUCGGUGUGGGCUUGAAAAAGGACGAUCUCAGUACGGAUUAUCCUCAUAUCGCCGUGGAAGCCGCUAGGAAAGUCGCGAGUGGAGAGGUCGAUAGGGCUUUAUUGAUCUGUGGUACGGGUAUCGGCGUGGCCAUCAGUGCGAAUAAAGUGCCCGGUAUUCGAGCAUGUACAGCCCACGACUCGUAUUCUGUCGAGCGACUUGUCCUCUCGAAUAAUGCCCAGGUCUUGUGUUUGGGUCAACGAGUCAUCGGUCUGGAACUAGCUAGGAAACUGGUCAAAGAAUGGCUUGGACUUGUGUUCGACGAACAGAGUAGUAGUGCACCGAAAGUCGAAGCCAUCAAGAGCUAUGAGAAGUAGGCAGGAGGGAUGUGAAUACACGACGAUAUUGAUGUACAAGCU